CAUCAAAAAUUGGGGAGUGCCACCCCGUGACGAAAUUUACAACUAUUUUGUCACUGGAGAAGAGAUGCGCUCUCCGCGGCGACUGCAGUUGAUUAUGAGACGCGUGAAGGUUGUGUUAAAAAGCAGUGGGACAGGAAGACAGAGGGAACAGUCACCCAUGAUUUUUCACGAUUGUCCGUUUAUGUAGUUAUGUCGGUGCGCUUCUGGACUUGGUGAUCCCCAUUCCCUGAUUUUGGUGAUAACCUAGAGGAGUACCUAUCCCCAGGCGCUCAUACGGAAAGACCACACCGACAAUGCAAUCUGUCAGACCUCCUUCAGCUUUGGAUGUAGCUUUCUCUACGCUGUUUACACAUCUACUCUUGACAACAAUUAAAGCCGAGUCCACAGUAGGCAGCCGUGCAGCUGUGCAGGGAUGCCCCCUAGGCCAGUUCCCCUGUGGGAACCUGAGUGUAUGCCUGCCUCAGGUGCUCCAGUGCAACGGACACAAAGACUGCGCCAACGGGGCAGAUGAGGAUUACUGCGGCGACAACAGUGGUUGGGCCGACAUUUUCGACCGCAAAUUUAAAAAAGGAGAGCAACCGGACCUUCACAAUAAUGGCUGUUUUCUUCAGUACUACCCAGACAGAUGUGACUGCACUAAAACAGAACUGGAGUGUGUUGAUGUUAAUCUACCUGCUGUGCCGAUGGUGUCACCCAACGUCACUUUGCUGUCUUUGAAGAGCAAUGCCAUAAGGGAACUAUCUGAUCAUAUCUUCUUCAAAUACUCCGAGCUUCAGAGACUGUUUCUUCAGAACAACAGGAUACAGACAGUUUCAAACCAUGCCUUCAGUGGACUAUACACACUCAGAAUACUGUUACUCAGUCAGAACUACAUCACCUCCCUUAGUGCUGGGAUGUUCCGCGACCUCCAGAAUCUGAGCUGGCUAAUUUUGGAUCACAACCCUCUAAAGACAAUAUCCGAGGACACAUUCAUCGGGCUGAAGUCUUUGAUGUUCCUGUCCCUUGUGAACACGUCUCUCACACAACUGCCUGACUCCAGCCUGUGCGGCCACAUGCCCUCCCUCAGCUGGCUGGAUUUGGCUGAAAACCACCUGGAGAUGAUGACUUACCUCGGGCUUAUGGACUGCAGUGACCUCACAGUAUUAACGCUGCGUGACAAUAAGAUCAAGACUCUUCCGGAAAAUUCCUUCCAGUCACUUUCAGAGUUAGCAGAACUGGACUUGUCCGGUAACAGGAUUUCGGUGCUGUCCAACAACACGUUUAAGAGUUUAAAAACUCUUCUCAAACUAAACAUUUCCUACAAUCCACUACAUCACAUCCAUGCAGGUCACUUUGAUCAUCUGAUCCAGCUUGAAUCCCUAGGGCUGGAAGGCAUCGAGAUUCCAGAUAUCCACACCAACAUGUUCCUUCCCAUGAAAAAUCUUUCCCACAUAUACUUCAAGGAUUUCCAGUAUUGCUCCUACGCCCCUCACGUGAGGAAGUGCAAGCCCAACACAGACGGGAUCUCCUCUUUUGAGAACCUGCUGGCCAACCUCAUCCUGCGGGUGUCUGUCUGGGUCAUCGCCUUCAUCACCUGCUUCGGCAACCUCUUCGUCAUCGGCAUGCGCUCUUUCAUCCGGGCGGAAAACAACCUGCAUGCUGCCUGCAUCAAAGUGCUAUGUUGUGCUGACUGUCUGAUGGGGGUGUACCUCUUCUUCAUCGGGGUGUAUGACAUGAAGUUCCGUGGCGCCUACAACCGCAACGCACUGCUGUGGAUGGAGAGCGUGGAGUGCCGCACCAUCGGCUUCCUGGCCAUGCUGUCCACCGAGGUCUCGGUGCUGCUUCUCACCUACCUGACACUGGAGAAGUUCCUGGUCAUUGUCUUCCCCUUCAACCACAUGCGGCCUGGAAAACGGCAGACGGGCCUGGUGCUGGUAUCCAUUUGGCUGCUGGGCUUCGUCAUUGCCGUUUUGCCGCUGCUCAACGAGGACGUCUUUGGCAACUACUACGGCCGCAACGGCGUGUGCUUCCCCCUUCACUCUGACAGGCUGGAGAAGCCUACAGCCAAAGGGUACUCCACUGGGAUAUUCUUGGGGCUGAACCUGUUGGCCUUCCUCAUCAUUGUGAUGUCAUACUCCAGCAUGUUCUACUCCAUCUAUAAGACGGGCAUCAACUCCAUAGACCUGCGCAGCCGUCUGCACAGAGACGUUGCUGUGGCCAACCGCUUCUUCUUCAUCGUGUUCUCUGACGCCCUCUGCUGGAUCCCCAUCUUCCUCGUCAAGGCGCUUUCCCUGCUGGAAGUGGAGAUACCAGGCACCAUAAACUCCUGGAUGGUGAUCUUUGUGCUGCCCAUCAACAGUGCCCUGAACCCCAUCCUGUACACGCUGACCACCAGCUUCUUCCGCGAGCAAGUGGAGCUGCUGCUGUGCCGCUGGCAGCGCCAGUCUGUCCCCAAGAAGGACCGCAAGAGCGUCACCAGCUCAACAAUCUACAUGGAGCCCUCACGCCAGACCUACUUCCCGCCCAAGGGCUUCCUGCCCCGACAAUCCCUCGCGGGUAUGGAUGCCCGUUACAGUUGACUCACGCAAGGAUGAAGAGGAAAGAGGAAGAUCACCAGUUGUCUCUGUUUUUGCUGUAUUAUUUGACAUAUACACACUGGCAAGGGAAUUGAAAUGACUGCCAGUCAGCUGGAAUAUGUAUGUGCCAUGUCACCUCUGGUUUGAUGUUAACCUGCCAGUUGAUGUCUGACUUUUGAACUAUGACCCCUUCCUGUACCAUCAUCUUUCUCCCAACUGCUGCCAUGGUAACAGUUGUGGGAGAAAUGCUGAAUUGCAGGAAAAAAAUGUAAUCAUACACUGUAUGAUUUCUGUAGCAGGGACUGGGCUAUAUGCUAUUGCUCUAUAUUAAAAAGAGGCUCAAAAAUUAUCUGAACUGAACACACAGGUUUUUUUUUUUUGUGUUUUCAGGAUUUGUCUUGAAUGCCCUGAUUUACCUGAUUUAA